UCUGGCCUGUAACUCCACAGGCUUUAAUGGAUGUAAAAUGUUAAAUAUGGAGAAUGAAAGGAGCUCAGUGUUGUGUGAGCUGCUGACAUGAUGCACUGUAUGUGAGCAUGGCACAGAGAGGACGUCCUGGUCCCACUUCUGCCGACAUCAGAGCAGCACGUUGGUUCCACCUUUAAGAAAAAACAGCCGGGACCUGCCCUUUAAUUCUGCCUGCCUCUCCGCCAUGUAGCCACUGUCGGCGUAACACAACAGCGGGACCCCUCAUCCUCCACAUCCCCAACGCCGCGUAAGCACAGCAGGCAGUGUCCUCUCCCUCCUUGCCAUGCCCCGGGUCACCUCGCUGCUGCCCGCCCUGCUGUUCGUUCUCCUGCCGGGCCCGAGCCGGGGAUAUUUCCCCGAGGAGCGCUGGAGCCCCGAGUCCCCGCUCCUCGCUCCCCGGGUCGUCAUCGCGCUGGUGUGCCGCAACUCGGCGCACUCCCUGCCGCUGUUCCUCGGUGCCCUCGAGCGCCUUAACUACCCGAAGGACCGCAUUGCGCUGUGGGUGGCGACAGAUCACAACAUAGACAACACCACAGCCAUCCUGAGAGACUGGCUCAUCAAGGUGCAGAAUUACUAUCACUAUGUGGAGUGGAGACCUGAAGAUGAACCCAGUUCCUUUGAGGAGGAGGUGGGGCCUAAACAUUGGAAUAAUCUCCGUUAUGAACAUGUGAUGAAGCUCCGUCAGGCCGGGCUGGACACCGCCCGCGAGAUCUGGGCCGACUACCUCCUGGUGGCUGACUGUGACAACCUGCUCACCAAUCAGGAUGUGUUGUGGAAACUGAUGAUGGAGAACAAGACCAUUGUUGCUCCCAUGUUGGAGUCCAGAGCUGCCUACUCCAACUUCUGGUGUGGCAUGACUUCACAGGGUUACUACAAGCGUACACCAGCCUACAUGCCGAUCCGUAAGCAGGAGCGUCGUGGCUGUUUCGCUGUACCCAUGGUCCACUCUACCUACCUGGUGGACCUCCGGAAAGAGGCCACCCGUCAGCUGGCGUUUUACCCGCCGCACCCGGAGUACAGCUGGGCCUUGGAUGAUGUCAUCGUCUUUGCCUACUCAGCUCGCAUGGCGGAUGUACAGAUGUAUGUGUGCAACAAAGAAGCAUAUGGGUACUUCCCGUUGCCGAUGCGCUCCCACGCUACCCUGCAGGACGAGAUAGAGAGCUUCUUGCACACACAGCUCGAAGUCAUGGUGAAAAAUCCUCCACUGGAGCACUCCAGCUUCCUGUCUCUUCCUCCCAAGCAGUCUAACAAGAUGGGCUUUGAUGAGGUGUUCAUGAUAAAUCUGGUGCAGAGAUCUGACCGUCGUGAGCGCAUGCUGAGAACUCUGUACGAGCAGGAGAUCAGCUGUAAGGUUGUCGCUGCUGUGGAUGGCAAAGCUCUGAACUUGUCGGAGAUCGAGUCUAUGGGGAUUAAGAUGCUUCCAGGCUACAAAGACCCUUAUCAUGGUCGACCUCUCACCAAGGGUGAACUGGGUUGUUUCCUCUCUCAUUACAACAUCUGGAAGGAGAUCGUGGACCGUGGCCUGCAGACAUCCCUGGUCAUCGAGGACGACCUUCGCUUCGAGAUAUUCUUCAAACGUCGUCUACAGUCUCUCCUGGAGGAGGUGACGACUCACAAGCUGGACUGGGAUCUCAUUUACAUCGGACGGAAGCGGAUGCAGGUGGACCAUUCGGAGAAGUCUGUACCCAACAUACACAAUCUGGUGGAGGCUGACUACUCCUACUGGACGCUCGGCUACAUGUUGUCAUUACAAGGAGCUCAGAAGCUCCUCAUGGCCGAUCCUCUGAGCAAGAUGCUCCCUGUUGAUGAGUUCCUCCCUGUCAUGUAUGACAAACAUCCAGUUUCAGAGUACAUGGACCACUUUGAGAGGCGGGACCUGCACGCUUUUUCUGCUGAGCCUCUCCUGGUCUAUCCGACCCACUACACAGGAGACCCUGGCUACAUCAGCGACACGGAAACCUCUGUGGUUUGGGAUAACGAAACGGUCUCAACUGACUGGGAUCGAGCCAGGUCGAGGAAAACUCAGGAGCAGGAGGAGCUGAGCUUCGAAGCCCAGAACUCUGACGUGCUGCAGUCAGAACUGGAGAACUGGAGCGCACGGGACGAGCUGUGAUGGGGGGUGGGGAGAUAAGGAUGAGGUAGAUGGAAGACAGACAAAGCUGUGAUCACAUGGGGCGAUGGAUGAGGAGGGAAGGAAUAAAACAGAAAGCAGGAGAAGAGGUAGAAAGGCAGAGCAGACGGACAUGUGGCUGAUUGAGCAUAGAAGCUUUUCCUUGUUCGUUUCUCUCUGUCCACUAUUUCAUCUGUCUCUUAAGAGAGAAGGUUAGAUGUAGUGAUUACUCAUGUAUAGUCAGCAGCUUUUGUUUUAUUUAUUGCAUCCAACGCACAUUCCUUGACCACAGUCUGGUCCUUUUAAUUAUUCCAUUAUUUUUAUUAAACAUUUGCUCAGAUUUGUCCCAAUCGGUAUUUUAAAUAAAUUCCUUCUUAGGUGAUUUUACUAAACAAAAAAUGCAUUAUAUCCUCUAACAUGCCUAGAAAUGACUGCCGGUAACAUUUCAACGGUCCAGCAUAAUUUCAUAUCACUUAAACUUCCCAUAUAAAAGCUGCAGUAUGGUUUGGGUUUGAAAUGAGACCACAGAAAAACAAUAUAUUACUUUAUUUGGAAUAAAACGUGUUUCAGAGUAACUUUUUUUUGUACAGUGCUUUUUCUCUGUGUCAUUGGCUCCAGCCUGGCUUUUGAAUACUUUGCCUAGAAAUGAAUGCCUGUUGCAACCUCUCAUCACCAGUUGCAAAUGUCUGUUCUACCGACAAUUACUUCUCCUGAUUUAUUUUUAUAAUAAUCCUCAAGAAGUAAACUAUCCUGUAAAUCACAAUGACAGACAGAAAAAACUUAUUGAAGGUACACUUAUUUGUUUUGUCUGCUUUCCUCUUCAGUUGUUCGUCUUGUGGGUCACAAGGGUCCUCACAAGUCCAAACCACUCUGUCUUCCUCAUCACCUCUUUUAUUAACUACAUGCUUUUUAGCUCAAAGUAGCCAGUGUGUUAUUUAUUAUACAUUACUUAACCUUCUGUAUGUUUUUCACUCGUGAAUGUAUUAGCGUUUUUACUUUUACACUUCAACAACCUCAGUUUGCUUUAGUGUCUGUAUUUUUCAACACGCCUUAUGUUGCAGUUUUGAAUGAAACUUUAUACUUUUGUUGCAUUGUGAUCAGAAAAUGUUUCACAUUUUGCUGUAGUGUCUUUCUUCUUUUUCUUUAAUGCUUCCUUUUUUUUUAAUACCAAAGAGCGAAUAAAACCUUUUAU